CAGAGGAGAGACCAUCAGGGUUGGCUUCAAUAAUGGUAUAUUAGCAAUAAUAGCAACUACGGCGGCCCCGACCCGGGUCAUAAUGAAGGCGGAGGAGCCAGGGAUGCUCCGCACUACCUCCGCAGUGCAGGAGGCCCCCUCCAGGCAGACGACCUAAUCCAGGCAGCGAGGAGACUCCGGGGGUAAACACAGCGGUGACAGCUGAGCGCCGGCCCGCGAGUGCCAGCAGCAGCAGCAGCAGCAGCGGGCUCUUCCCAGCGGCCAGUCGCGCAACGCGAGCGGGAGGAGCGUCCCGAGGAUGGGCGCGUAGCUCCGAAAGGAUCGCCUCGCCUGCCCAGAUAGCUCCGGAGUGCGUGCGGCUCGGGGGGCCGCGGUCCGUCUCGCCCUUGUCCGCGCGUCGCCCGCCCCCCCCCCGCCCCCGCCACAUCCCUCCGUCCCUCGGCGUUACAAGCGGGCCACCCUGUGGAUGUCACUGAGGGUGGAGGUGCCGUUCUGCUCGCCGCCCCCCCACGCCCCGACCCGACCCGACCCGAAAAGGCAUUCGGGAGCUGCCAGCCUUUGUAGGGGAUAAACCUCGUCACGGACAAGCCGAGAGUCACGACGGCCGCCGCCGCUACAAAGGAGCGACCCCUGCCAAUGUCAUCAUCGGCCAUCGAAAGGAAGAGCCUCGAGCCCUCCGAGGAGCCAGUGGAUGAGGUGCUCCAAAUCCCUCCUUCCUUGUUAACAUGUGGAGGUUGUCAGCAAAAUAUUGGGGAUCGAUACUUCCUUAAAGCCAUUGACCAGUACUGGCAUGAAGAUUGUCUGAGCUGUGACUUAUGUGGGUGCCGACUUGGAGAAGUGGGAAGGAGACUAUAUUAUAAACUGGGUAGAAAGCUCUGUCGAAGAGACUAUCUCAGGCUUUUUGGCCAAGAUGGUCUCUGUGCCUCCUGUGAGAAGAGAAUCCGAGCCUAUGAGAUGACCAUGAGAGUAAAGGACAAAGUGUAUCAUCUGGAAUGCUUCAAGUGUGCUGCUUGCCAGAAACAUUUUUGCGUUGGUGACAGAUACCUUCUCAUAAACUCAGAUAUAGUAUGUGAGCAAGACAUCUACGAGUGGACUAAGAUCAAUGGGAUGAUAUAACUCACUUGUGCCUCAUAGUCUCAAAUACAUUUCAUGAGUGACAUAUAUUUUUGCCUAUGGUGAGGUUAUUGCUCACAUCUAUAUGUUUUCUUUAAGGAAGGGGGAAAUGGAAUAGAAUACAUAGGCAUUGCAUCUAAUAAAAUAAGUGAUGAUUGAAUAAAAUACAUUAUUUCUUUUAGUAAAUAUGCUGUGAUAAUAAACUGACAUUAUUAGAGGUAUUGUUCGAAACUAGAGAAUCAACCAAUACAAAGCAACAAUGGAUACUUUUAAACUGAAGUGUUAUAGGUAACUUUGUGGAUUUAUCUUCUCUAACCUGGUUCUUUUCAAAUGAAUUGAGUCUACAAAUCCCUAGAAAUCUAGCAAUUGCUGUCCUAAGACUUUUGGUACAUGCUGGCUUCAAGGGUGACCUUAACACCCACAGACAAAAUUGUUCAAUUAAAUGUUGCUUAUUUCAUAUCUAUCUAAAAUAUAAUCCCACCUCUAAUCUUAAAUGUAAGAGUAUCAGGAGAGUUGUAUGUCUGAAAAGGAAGGGGCCUCCAAAUAAGUGUAGUUUAAUAAUACUCUUCUUUUUGAAAAUGAAAGUACAAUUUUUGUUCCAGUGCAAAAGAUGAUACCUCAUCAGAUAUAAUUAAAUCUUUAUGAAAUCCAUGAGAGUUAAUACAUGCAACUGGGGAGGGAAGAAAGAUUGCAGCCUUAAUUGGUAAUUAUUUCAAAUAAUGAAGAUGGAUAGCUGCCUUUUGUUAAUAUUGUUGGAAAGUGAGGAAUUCCAUUGCUCCUUUCUGUACAAUAUUUUUUUAAAGUUCUUCCACUAUUUUAUUAGAAAAUGUAAAUACAUUGUUGUAUGUAGUAAGAUACUGCAGACUUAAUUAAAUAGACUUGAUCUAAGAGUUGUGACAUUUUUCAUUCAAUAUACUGGCAGCUUUUUAUUAUUUUAGUGCAAUAA